AUGAAAGUGAUUCAUUUUUACACUCAGUUGCUUAGUUCAUUAAAGGCUUUGCAAUCUAUUUGGAAUCAUUGGCAGGGCAUAAAUAAAAGGUUUGAGUUUAAUGAGUUUGUUGUGAUUGUAAAUCACAUCGAUAGCCUCAGUUCAGUUAUGAGAUUAAAAGUUCGAUAUCAGAUUCAUUCACUUUGUAAUUUUGUUAUCACUGACAUUGAAGAAAGCCGCGCUACUGAAGUAAUGUUUAAUCCGUUAGGUGAUCACAAAGACACAAACUGUAAUGAUGCUUGGUGA